AAUCGAACUUAUACUUGACUUAUACUUUCAAAACCGCAGUAAAACGCGCAUAAUAGUGAAGUGUUAUGUAUUAUGGUUCAAACGGUAGUGAAUUUUGUUUAAAAUCAGAAAGAACUUUCCAUUCAAAACAAGAGUAGCAACACUGAAAUCGACCUAGUGUUCGCAAUUGACGCAGAAAGCCAUACAGACAGCACAUUGCAAAUAGAAACAGUGAAGAGAUAGCAUGGAUGAUAAGACUAAUCCCCAAACUCCAGUGCGCAGCUUCAUUGAGGAACCGGAUAUCCAGUGGAGGUACGGUAAGCCGAACUUUGAGGUCGUGGAUAGAGCCUACCUCGCUGGGAAGAUUAGAAACCACCCAGUAGGGUCGCUGGAGAAAACGGUAGAAAACCUGGUGAAAACCUGGGAAAUGGAGAGCACGCAUAAGAUGCAUGAGAAGGACUGGCAAUCCGUGGAUAAAAAGGUGUUUUUCUUACAAUCGAACGGUGGAAGAAAAUUUAAUUUGGCUGAACAGAUUCAGAUGGGCAACUACAACCUUUUCUUCCAUGACAGCGUUUUGUAUAACUCAGAUCUGACAUCAGACGAAUCACUGCACCUGUUUCAAGAAGCAUUCAAUCACGGCUUUCCUUGGGAAGUGCUUGACGUCAUAUCAGGUCCACCAAAAGUGUGCUUCACUUGGCGUCACUGGGGCAAGUUUGAGGGACCUUACAACGGCUUUGAACCGACGGGGAAGACUCUGGAAAUGACCGGAUUCUGCGUUGUCAAUGUUACUGAAGAUCUAAAGAUCCAGUCUAUUGACGUGUUCUUUGAUCCGCAUGCGCUGAUCCUAAAACUCAUGGGAUGUCAACCCUUCACAAAGUGGCAGUGUCCGUUUGUACAGCUUCGCAAAUAACACCGAACACGAAUUAUUGUUCAACAUGCCGAAUAACCGGUACUCAAAUGGUAUAUUGGAUAAUAUUAGUACAUACAAGUUCAUACUUAGUUUUAUGAUAAUUCUCGUUUUUAAUUGCAGAAGUAUGUUUCAUUAUGUCUUUCGUAUAGUAGGUGAUGUUUUUUGAUAAACAAUUCAAUCAACAAGAACAAAUGAUUAUUCUGUUACUCGUUUAAAGGCAAGAUUUAGCCGAGUUCUUGAUUUCAUCGAUUUGUCCUACAUGUAUGUCAUUUGGUAUAAUCGCCGAGACAUCUGCUUUUCGAACUCAUAACCUCAUAAGCGAUCGCGACAAAUGUCUUAUCUUUCAUUGUAUGUCCAUGAAGUAUCAAGGUUUUAUACUGAUGUUUAUCACCCUCUAUGUAUGCUUAAUUUCACUGUAUCCUGGUUUUAAUGAAAUGUAUGGUCGAGCACGUCCUUACAAAAUAUCAUAAAUAGUCCGUUUUUAUAGUGUCCUGAUUUGUCCUAAUAUAUACACUGUCUUGGAGGGUCCGUUUUCAUGAAGGAUUAUGAGGUGUUCGUAUUAACAUUGCUUUAGAAAAUGUGUGGUUAUCCGUCUGUAUACAGUGGUUUUAAUCAAAGACUGAUUAUUUAAAAUUGGUCCCCGAGAAAAUUAUGAAUGAAGCGGAAUGACAACAUAAAGCUCCGUGAAUGGAAUAUAAAUAGUGGAAUAUAUCUACAUCAAGUGUACGAAGUUAUUACGAUAGUAUUAUGAUAGUUAUAUGUCUUUUUCUUCCGAAUAUUGACUGAAGUCGCCGAACGUCGACGUGGAACGACGAAAAAGAGAUGACCAUACCGACCAGUUCUGUUACCAGAUAUGUUACAUUCUGUUACCAUUAAUUAAAUAAAACAGCAGUUGUUAAAAGCUAGGUAGGAAUAUCAACAAGCGGUUAUGGUGUUGAAUUUCAAAAAUAAAGUAGUAAAUGGCCUAUGUAAUUUUGUCCACAUAGUGCUUGGGAAAUAGCAAUCGAUAUUUUACAUGUCCAUAUGUUUCACUGCACUGUAAACGAUCAAUUUUGUGUCUGAGAAUAACGGGAAUUAUUGCGUAUGCAAUACAUUACGUGGUGUGGUUAAAACUAACGAUGGUUUAUGAUCAUUCGUUUACAAAAAUUAUCAAACUUCAAUGAUAUGUUAAACAACUCAUCACUAAUUAUUAUGGAGAACGCCAUUUAUCAUGACUUGUCUUAAGAAUAUUUCUUUCGUAAAAUUUUGCAUACUUGAAUCAACAUGCAAGAACUCGGUCACACGCAAACUAUAUUUUGCUUUUUGAAGAAAGAAACUUUGAUAUAAGAACGAAACGAUAAAUAAAGGUAUUGCAAACAAAUGAGAUUGAGUGAAGUUAAACACACAAUUACAUUACUUCAUAUAUUGUAUACGGCUACAUGAACAAGCAAAAACAUGAGCGUUUCAUUGUGAUUAUUAUUAAAUAUGACACGCCCCCAAAUUAACGUGUACUGUGAAUUGGAUAAGGCUGUCGAGAUCGGAUUCUAAAAAAUAACUGUGGAUGGCUACUUGCACAACGCAUAAACAGAACCCGCUUUAAGCAGAUUUGGGCUUCCGUAUACAAGUGUUUAACACCGUAGCAUAGUUUUCAUACCCGUUGCUAAGGGGUGCGUUGGGUGCGUUCGCACCCAAUAUUUUUGGACGAGUAAAAAAAUUUACUUUAAGUUGCACCCAACUUUACUGGACUCAAAAACAGUUAUUUAUUUUGUCCAGGAACCCAGUGAGUCUUCGUAUAUAAGCGUUAAAAUGAUGUUGUAUUCAAUAUGCAACCGCCAGGUCUAUAUAUAAUUAAUUUUUCGAUCAAGUCAUUUCCAAGAUAGCGCGUGAUUUUUAUUUAGAUCUACAAGUUUUAACCGCAGAAUUGUUGACAUCAUUAAAAGUUGUGACAGCAAAAUUUGAGAAGAUCUAAGAAGCCGUUCCCCGCAAAAUGGAUUUGGUAUCUUUGUUUCAAAUAGAUACUUGUUUUCUGUAUGAUGCAAAAUUAUUAACCUGGCACUCUAAUCCGUAUAUAAUCGAUAUUCAUUUAUAGAUAUUCGAUACUAAAUGAUUGUUUUGUAACUUCUGUCAUCGUUAUUUGUGUCUGUUAAAGCUAUAACUGUAAUAGAUAUCAUAACGAAAUGUUGAAGCCUACUUAUUGUGGGUUGAAAUCCCAGUCCGAUAACCUUUUUCGACAAUAAUCUAAAUGGCUGGAAACACAAUUUGAUUUACUUGAAUAAAUAAAUAAUCUUAUAAAAAAGAAAACACAUUUAGAUGAGUAUUAACGGAAUGUCAUGUCAGCUUCCGUAAAUUACUGAAAUCAAAGGACACCCUUCGACUUUUGCCGAAGACUAAUGAGUCACUGAUUAAUAACAUUAUACCACGAUUUAUAACAAUAACACAUUGUGCACAGCAUUUUCGACGGACUGCGUUGUCUUUUUGUUAUAUCCCCGUACAGCCAUUUUCGGAUCCCCUAAAGGGUUUUCCAGCAGAAAAUAUCAGCUAUGAUUAAGUCAUGAUAAUUUUUGUGUUGAAUGACAAGAAAACAAAUCAUUGUGACAAAGCAAUGUACCGGUAGCUUUGUUUUCUAGUUUACCAACACUUAAUGGCCUCUGUUCUGCUCCACAUACAUAACUUUCCACAAUGUUUUAAUUAUGUCAAACUUGACACUAGGAAUGCCCUACUCAUAAAAAGUUGUUAUAAUGAAUUAAAAACGGUAUAAUAUAUUAUCAGUUUGACGUUAACGUUUAAUUUCCAUCAACUGUGACGGAUCUUGAGCAUAUAGUGGGCUAAUAAGUACAUCUUUUUUUCUUCAACGUCCUGGUAUACAUUGUUAAGGACUUUGAGACCAUAGGGCCAGUAGUUUGUGGUUAUAGGGUCUUAAUGAAGCAUAAAGUGUUGUAUUUUUCUGAAAAUCGAUUAGAAAAAGAUGAAUUAUUUGUUAAAAAUAAGAAAAUAAAGAAACCAGUUAUACCAUUUUGAUUUCUUUUUAGUAUUGAUGCACAUUAGAGAAUACCCAGUUUUGUUAAUCAGUGUUUGUUGCAUAAUACACUAUUAGCACGUUUAGAGCAAUGCUAGGCCUCUGUGACUAUCCAUAGUAGCAGACAAAUAAUUGUUUUGAAAAAAGUCAAAUUUUUCCAUUUUAUUUGCUCUAUUUAUGAAUGGUAAAAUGUUGGAAUGGUAAAACACAACAAUUGUAUCAAGAUUCCAAGA